ACGCGCGCCGCCGCGCGUCCGUCCGAAGGCGACGAUGGCCUCCUCGACGCUCGCCGCGCGCACCGCGACGACGCUCGCGUCGUCGUCGUGGGCGUCGUCGCCUCGCCGCGUCCUUAAGGAUCGGCGUUCACCACGCGAACGCGGUCGUAUGGGAACCAGUGUGACGCCGCGAAGGCGACGCGAUGGCGCGACGUCGAUCGCGGCGCGAUCGUCCGCCCCCGACGACGACGACGCGCCGCCGCCGCCGCCCUCGGUCGCCUCCUCCCCGUCGCGAUGGACGGGCCCGCCCGUGAACCGCCUGGACGAGCAGGCGGCGAGAGAGCGCGUGAUGCGCCUCGCGACGACGACGACGCAGGGCGCGGGCGCGCUCGAGGCGAUACAGGGGUGCCUGAGCUCCAUGCCGGGCUGCCCGCUCGACACGGUCGCGCUCAACUUGAUCGAGACGCGCUGGGUCGUCGCGUUCGACGCGCUGGCGAACGCGCCGAGACGACCGGGGGACCCGCCGUUUUGUUUCGGCAUCACGCACCCGGCGCUGACGCCCGCGAAGACGCCGCCGGGGGAGGACCCGAUACCCCCGAAGGAGGGCGACGUCGGCCUCGUCUGUCGCAUGGUCGACGCGUACCACGACAACAAGGAAGAGAGGCUGUACGUCACGUCUCAGGUUGUGGGGAGGUUUCGAGUCGACCGCGUCGUGACGGACGGGAAUCCGUUUUUCGUCGCGGAGACGAGCCAGGCGCGUUCGUAUUCACACUGGUCCCCAUACGAACUCGUUUUGGACCAAGUCCCGGAAGACGACGAGGGCGCGAAGGCGCUGGCGGAGGAGGAGGCGGACGUGUGGCGCCUCCUGAAACAACUCGAAACGCUCUCCGCGAAGACGAAAGAGGGUGACGGCGCGCAGAUCGACUACGACAUGCGGCGGUGCUCGCCGGAUCCCAAGGAGCGGCCGCCGUGGGACGCGGACCCGCCCGCGCCGGAGCGACGCGCGGAGAUGUUUUCGUGGGCGGUGACGCGGCGACUGGGGUUGGAGCCGCGCGAGCAUCUGGACGCGGUGCGCACGACGCACACGUCCGCGCGCCUCGCGCAGGUGAAGAGCGCGCUGACGGAGGGGGUGAACUACCUCGCCGCGGUGAGCGCGCUGCAGGGCGCGGAGGGGGGCGGGGAGGGCGGGGGGGGCGAAUGA